AUGAGGGUGGAGCUCCUGCUCGAGCUGUCCGGCCUUAGCCGACAGGAGUCUCUCGUGAUCAAAGCCUGCACCUCGAACGCCAAAAGCCUUGAAGCUGUUAGUGCUACCCUCGUGGAGCAUUACAGCGGUGUGCACCUAAAGGAAGGUCGCUCCUUACGUGGAGGCGGUACCUUUCAGGACCGUCGCCAUCCCAGCAGCAAUCAUGGAACACGGUCGCGGGCCGGUUCCAAAGGUUACGGCAAAGGUAAAGGCGAAGGUUUUACCCGCCGCGCCUACAUCGCCGAAGAUGAGGCGCAGUUUGCGUACCAGCAGGAGGACGAGGAAGCAGAGGAGUACGACGACACAUCGUACCCCGCCCUUGCGGACGAAAUCGACUACGAGCCGCACUCCUACCCUGCAGCAGAGGAGGAGGAUGAUCCGAGCUACGAGGAUUUCGAGCUCGAUCAAGAUGAGGACCCCGAUGGGGGCCUGUAUGUCCCGUCUGGCAACGACGAGGACCUGUGCAGCCACAUGGUAAACGAGCUUAGGUUUGUCCACGGUCAGCACAAGGGCCAGACCUAUGAAGAGGUCUCGAGGAACGCCGCGAACACGUCUACACUGUGGACCCUGCCGUAUGCUCUCACGAAGCAACGGAUCACAGGGGAAGUACCCCAAGAUUUUCAUCGCGAGCGCAAGCCUGUAUCCGAGAAGCAGCUCGAAGCAACGGAGCAAGCGCUACCCAUCGUACAAGCCCUUACCGCUGACGAUGCAACCGCGGAUCUCAACCAAGAGGCCGUAGAACAACUCAUGGUAGUGUUCCAAGAUCGCGUUACCCAGGCAAUGGUGCAAGAGGAACGCAUACACCCCGCAGCUUUGCACAAGGGGUUGCGCAAAGCCGUUGCACCCAUUGCAUCGACGUGGGCACUGGUGCCACAGGCCCCUGGACUCCAAAUGGAGCCAGACUUUAUAGUCUGGCUCAAGCACGUGGCCGAACACCAAGUGGCCACUGCACUGGUGUCGCACACAGCAUACCCAUCAAUCGAAGAAUUCGAUGAUGGUACGUUCGAUCAGGUUGAGUCGCCCCAGGACUUUGCACUGAUGGACCCCUCCGAGGAGGCCAUCACUGAGGAGACUCAGCUCGACGAGGUUGACCUGCCAGGAUUACUCUUGGAGGAGUCCGAAAAGAGGAAGAAGUGGCGCGCCGUACCACAGAGGGUACGCGUAGCGAUCCGCAGACUCCACCGUCAGUUCGGACACUGCCCAAGGAAGGUUUUGAUCAACCUCCUUCGAACCGCAAAGAUUGACAAAUCAUAUGUGGAAGCUGCGAAGCUCCACAGAUGCACUGAAUGUGAGGACACCAAGCCGAGGCGAAAGGCACAUAUCGUAUCCAUGCCGGAACGAUACUCGUUCAAUCACGCCUUAGGCGUAGAUGUCUUCGAAUGCUUGGAUGCACAAGGCACCAAGCACCAAGUGAUGAAUAUGGUUUGCCUGGGAACGUGUUUCCAGCUGGUAGAGAUCGUACGCGUAGGAGUACUCAAGGCGAUGGUUCGCAAGGUUGUUUCGCAAACUCAAGCCGCAGGACCUCCAUCCCUAGUGGAGGAGGACAACAGCACAGACCUUGGAUCCCUUGGGACCAAGCAGAACGCAAAGCCACUGCCUUACACGUACUCCGUUGGAGAUGUGGUGUGCUUCAGGAUCAUAGGUGUUGCGGGUAAUCAGAAUGAGAAAGAUGCAGAGGCACUAGCUCACGCAGUGCUGCAGGGAGAGGCUAUCCUACCUGAGAGCCUAAUCCAAGGACAGCAGCAAUUUGAGGAUUUGCGUGAUGUACCUGGAGAGGACAUCGCAGAGGAUGUGCCUAUUGAAGAAGAAGAAGGAGAAGGACCACAGAUGGCCGUCAAGAUGGACCACAACCUCUAUCUUCUAUCUUCGAGGAGGAAGAAGAAGGUGAGGCAUCAACAGCCAGAGGCAGGUCAAGGUCGCCACCGCCUGUAA